UCAAACACGUGCAGGGGAAUGUCUCAGAGCGCCCACGCAGCCCCUCCCUUCUCCCCCCUGAUCGGACCUCACGCCGGACACGUUUGCAGGACACAAGGGGUUUCUCCGCAUCUACUGGCUUCGGGGCGGGUCUUAACAUCGCCGCCGCCGCCGCAGCCCGCACAGAGAGCGGGGAGAGACGCGAGAAGGCGUGCCCCUGCGCCACCAGCCCACAGAGGCGCCAGCCCGCCCGUCCCCCGCCUGCAGGGGCCGGGACGCGGUCAAACCGCGCUGCUCCUCUACACGGCGCGGUACGGUACCGGAGCCGCUAUAUCCCACACACGGGCAGGCUCCCGGCAGCGGCCAGUUUCCAAGAUGGCGUCGGAGCCGGAUUACGAGUCCAUCCUGCUCGUCAAGCCCGAUAUCAACGUUUACCGCAUCCCGCCCCGCGCCUCCAACCGGGGCUACAGGGCAGCCGACUGGAAACUGGAGCAGCCCGACUGGGUGGGGCGUCUGCGGAUCACAGCCCGAGGAAAGGUGGCCUACAUCAAGCUGGAGGACAAGGUGUCCGGGGAGCUGUUUGCCCAGGCGCCAGUGGAGCAGUACCCUGGGAUCACCUGUAACGUGACCGCCGUGACGCACACCAUGAGGCAGCCUGGCGCUGUCUGA